AUGAUGAAAAUAUGGUCUAUGAAGAAGCAGCAAAAGGAUGCUGAGGUGGCGGCAGCAGCGUCAGGCAAGAAGAAGUUCUCCGCCGCCGAUCUGCGAGUUAUCAAAGAUCUCGAUAGCCUCUCCCUCAGCGAUACCAUGAAGCUGAAGCGCGACCACAUGGACAAUUAUAAGAAUUUCAUCCUCGCGAUCGACCCCGACGAAGGCAUGUACAAGGGUGGCCACUUCGAGUUUGCAUUCGAGAUCAAGCCGACGUUCCCAUAUGACGCCCCGAAAGUCCGCUGCAUGCAGAAGAUCUACCACCCGAACAUCGAUCUGGAGGGCAAUGUGUGCUUGAACAUCCUGCGAGAGGACUGGAAGCCUGUCCUCAACUUGAACGCCAUCUUCGUUGGGGUCCAGUACCUCUUCCUCGAGCCGAACGCAUCUGAUCCCCUGAACAAGGAGGCUGCCGAAGAUCUCAAGCACAACCGAGAAGGCUUUAAGCGCAACGUGCGCGCUGCUAUGGGCGGUGGCACUGUCAAGGGUGAAUCCUUCGACCGGGUCUUGAAAUAA